AUGGCAGCUGAUCCCUCCCAGUUAAAUGGGGAACGUCUUAAGGAACUCCGUGGAGCUGUUCACACAUUCCUACAAGAGUCAAGCGUUUAUUCUAAGAUUCGUGAUAUAGUAGACUCUUAUGUCUCUGAAAAUCCCGGGGAUGCCUUAAAUCCAACCUCUUCUGCUGAUGUAAUGAAGAUCAUUCGAGAAAAAGGACUUGUUCAGGAUCUACUAGAUCGGUUACAUGGUGAGAAACAUCUGAGCCUCGCGCAGACUCUAAAUGCAGCUCAUGCAUGGAAACUUCUUCCGGGUCAAUACUAUCUACAUCUUCGACUGGCUGGUGGGAAAGCAUUUGUUGAUAACUUGGACCUCUCCCCAAGUUUCGCCAAAGACUAUUUGAUGUAUGUGGCAGUACAGUUUGGAUCACAACGAUAUCGAUCGACUUCGGAGAAAGCUGCAGUGGAUCCUCCUUUUAGAGAUGAGUUUCUUAUAGAUCUUGAUUACAAAUCUUUUGGUUCAUGUGCCGCCGAUUUGAUACAGAUUUCAACUCCGCUUCAUAUAGCUGUUUUUGGGGAGGAACGACUUUUAACGUGUGCCAAGAUGCUUGGCGAAAAUCUUGUUGACUGGAGAAGAGUUUUGCGCACAGGCUACCUUGGUUUAACUGUUGAACUCUGUGGGGACAACCCAGGUAUUCCUGCUGGUAUAUUAGAGUUGCAGCUAGAGCUGUUGCCUAAUAAGGCCCCUCGGUUCUCAGAAGAAGAUGUUGCAUCUAGAAUAGAUUUACAAAGAUCUGCCAUUACUUCAGCUGACCGUGAGUUUCUUUUAUACGCGCGUCGCUGGUGGAUGGAGUUUCAAGAGAUUCGACCUAUUCAUAAACAACGAAAGGUAAAGGUGUUUGCCUCUACUUCUAACGGGAGGAUGGUUCCAACAACUCACUUUGUCUCUGUCAUUCGUGCAGAGAAUGGAAUUGACACCCCUGCUGAAGCAGCAAGGUUUGUUUCUCUUAUCGCCGUGACAGAUGAGGAACACCUAACUCAAGAAGUGCUUCUUGGUGGGUUAGGUAAUAACAGUUCAAGAAAUUGUUGGCUUUCAAUGUUUACAUUCCUAUCUCAAAGAAGAGGAGAGCCUUGUAAUCAUGCGGCACUUCUCUGUUCGUUAUUACUUGGCUUUGGCUUGGAUGCUUACUGCGCUGUUGGAACAAAUAAAAAGGGCACAACAAUAAUGUUUGUUGUGUCUCGUAAGCGUCUCAAUGCUGGUGUUUUUGAAGUGUUGCUGUGGGAACCAACAUCGGGAAAUCGCUUUACAUUGACAGAUGCGCAUCAAGUGGAAACUCUAGGUUCGGUGUUCAAUCAUCGAUCUUUUUAUGCAAAUAUUCAACCCUCAGAUAUUGUUACCACGAUUUCUUUUGAUUUUGACAAUGAAGAGUUGUGGAAACCGUUAACUCCUUUAAAGCUUCGUAUGGUACCUAAAUACCCCAAUCCUUCGCUUCUAUGGAUUCCAAUCGACACAAAAUCUCUGGAAGAGGAACUUGUAACUUCAUUGAUAACAGAGAUUACGGAAUAUCGUGAUAUUCGGGGGGUUAUUACACUUUUUGAUGAGGCGCUUGCCUAUGUUCUCCGGCAAGUUCUUUGCGCCUAUGAGGGUCAUCGACGCAAUGGUGCCCCAGAGGAUUUGUCGCUUUUUGAAAAUUGUGUAAAGGGUGUUAUUGGUGAGGGAAAAACCUUUAAAGGUGUCCCAGUGAAUGUAACGCAUUUGAACAGCCGUAAGAUACUUGCAGCUUUUGAAAGUAGUGCUUCUGGAAAGGAGAUUCUAGAGUUAACAGCCGAUAAUCUUAACUUGGCUGUUCAGGUGAAAAUAUUUUCCUUUCCUGAAGCCGUGCUCUCUGUUUGGGUGAUACUGGCCGCAGCUUAUGCGUCCUCCCCUGCUUGA